UUUCAGUCUUAAUCAGACAGCUGUGGAAUAUAAAUUAAUACUACUUGUAAAAUAUUCUGUACCAGAAUCAGAAUAUUGACAACAUCCGUGUAACAGUAUAUAUGUGAUUACAUUUUAUCACGUUUGCUGAUAUAUGACAAAGUGAUUUUAUAUAGGUCAGUCUUAUCUUAACUACUAAGGGUUUUCAAAAGUAGUUCAUCGUUUGACAUUUUGUUCCAAGUUUUACUUCCGUGCGCAUCAAUACUCUAAGAUACCAAACAAUGAAAAGAGGUGCUCUCUUACUCGUAGUUAUGUCCUUUUGGACAUUUCAAGUGAAUUCCCAAACGAUGCCAUCUAAUACAACUAUACGAUGUCGUUUAUGCAACAGAGCUAGUACGCUUUCCGACUGCAAUAAAUUAGUAACUUGUGAUAGCAUCCUUGAAGAAUGCUAUAUGGAUCAGCUUCGCACUGAUCAACUGACCGUAGUGUUCGAAGGAGGCUGCCGUGCGAAAGAUGUUUGUUCACGAUCAGGCAGGAAGAGGGGCGAUUUGGUGUUAUGUUCAAGAUGUUGUGCUUUUGAAGAAGACUGCAACAAACGCCUUUGUGGAAUCAAAGAUGACACCAUUGGCAAUUCGCAGUGUUAUAAAUGCAAUCACCAGAGAGCUGAUAUGCCUUGUGUGAACUUAGCGCCUUGCCAACCAAACGAGAUGUGUUAUAUAAGUCAAAAGGAUGUUGGUGGACGAGACACUUUUGAUUCUGGCUGUUUCUCCAAAUUAGUUUGUCAUAGUGUAAUGGCACUAGCGUACGAAAAUUAUCGCGUCUGUGUGCUAAAUGCGACAGUACCUGGUCCGGGUUUAACUUGGAACGAAAGAUGUGGAGAUAUUGGAAAGCGACAAACAACUGUAUGCACGUCAUGUUGCGCAGAUACAGCAUGUAAUUAUGGUACGUGUGAAGAACUGAGAGACAGGCUUUUCAAGAUGGCAGAGGUUGGAAAAUUUGACAUGAAGACGCUAAAAGAAAUACCGUAACAUUAUGUAAUUUGUAAGCAAACAAGCAUAAUAAAAUAUUUUAUUUCAA